AUGAAGCAGGAGAUGACGUCGGAUACUAACUUACUAGACCAAUGUGUCCCCGGUACCGCGCCCCCGGCAUCUUCGACUGCUUUCACGAGCGUACCGGCAUCGACAACCGUUCGAACCACGACCGUCACGGUGCGGACUACAUCUUCAUCCUCCCGCGUGACACCGUCGGCAACUAGCUCACCUGGGGGGCCGAAAUACUUCAUCACCUUCGGUGACUCGUACUCUCAAACGGGCUUCAACAUCAAUGGCACGAAGCCCAAUCCCCAGAACCCUCUCGGCAACCCCGACCUCCCGGGCUGGACGGCCUCUGGCGGUCUCGACUGGGUUGGCUUCAUGGUGACGCAGUUCAACGCGAGCCUGACGUACAGCUACAACCUUGCUUAUGGCGGCGCAACGACCGACGCUACUCUUAUUGCGCCGUACGCGAGCACUGUGUUGAGCUUCAUCGACCAGGUCACCGAGUUCUCGAGAAGCUUGGCCCCGAAGCCAUCUUGGGCGCCGUGGAAUGCCGACAACACGCUUGUCGGUGUAUGGAUGGGUGUCAACGACGUCGGUAACGCUUUUUGGUUGGGCAACCGUGAGACGCUCCUUGUUCAAGUGCUGGCCAAGUACUUUGAGCAGUUGCAGAUUCUGUACAACGCUGGAGUGAGGAAGUUUGUUCUCCUCGGAGUUCCUCCCACUCAGAAGACACCUCUAAUGCUUGCGAACGGCGCCGACUCUAAUGCACAGCUUGCGGCUGCGAUCAAGCAGUACAACGACCUCAUUGCCAGCAACCUUGCUGCGUUCAAGGCGAAGAACGCGGGCGUCACCUCGUGGAUUGUCGACACCACCGCUCCCUUCGACAAGGCCAUCAACAACCCGACUGCCUACGGCGCGCCGGACGCCACAUGCUUUAAUGCCAAUGGUCUUAGCUGCUUGUGGUUCAACGACUACCACCCCGGUGUGCAGAUCCAGAAGCUUGUUGCGCAGGCCGUUGCGCAAGCUGUUGGUGCGCCGUGGUUUACAGCAUGA